CUUCUUCUUUACACACUCAAUAUCUCUCUCUCUCUCUCUCUCUCUCUCUCUCUCUCAUCUCAACUCUCAUACUGUUCAUAUCUCUGCUGCGCCUGAUCUCUCUCUCUCUCUCUCUAUCUCUCUCAUUUGAUCCGUUCCAGCUUUUGUAUUGUCCUGAUAUUAGUUAAAUAUAAAUAGAAGAUCAGUCAUUGGUGGUGGCAUAUCAAAUAUUGCAGUGAAGUAGAACAACAUGCUUUGGUUGAGUUUGUCAGUUGAUGUGUAUCGUAAAGUUGUGCGCCUGAACUUAUAUUGCAGAGUUAUUCUGUAAUUUAAUCCUUUAACAGGACCUUCAUUUUCACAUUAGUCGGGCUGUCCCUUAUUCUACCUUCCAUGGGAUCGGAACACGUUUUUGUAUUUGCUCCUGAUAUUUAUAGGAUUAUCUAAAUAUCUGAUAGUUCAAACCUUCCUUUUUAUAAAAGCUUUCUGUUAGUUUUGCUCUCCUUUGAUUUUAGUCCAGUCAUUAGUGCAAGUCCUAUCUGUGUUUAAUCUUAGUAUCCCGCUCUCUAGCUUGGUCUGAUAAAUCUUUGUUCGUUGUUUGACACUUGCUUCCAAUCGUUCCUCAUACUCAAUUAAGCAUUUUCUGCUCCUUUUCAAACUUUUUGUAGCUGUUCGUUAUCCUCCUUCCUUAGAUUUGGCCAAUUAAAUCGCCUAGAUUUAGUGGUUUUCGUAAGGUUCAAGAGUAGUUAUGGUGUGCCAAGCAGCAAGCCAAACAAGAUUUCGGGCAUUGAAACAUUUGAAUGGAAUUGCAGGAAGACCAACGAUUAUAGUUAGAGUAAUUGCAUGCUUUCAACCUUUGCAGGAUUGCCAGGCCGAAUACUUUCGUCAUUUACUUAAACCUGUUACGUAAAUUGGUUCCAAAUUUAAGUCAUUGUACCAAGCUGGAAGUUAGAGUUUUUAAUUUUCAUUUCUUUGUUUCGUAAAGACACAAUUUCAUACUGAAAGAAAAUCCAUAUCAAUAGGUGAUUGUUUGGUUGGAUGGUUAAGGCCAAAGGUUCGUGGCCUUCUUCACAUAACUCAUCUCAGCAACUGCCUGAUUUGAUUUGUAUGAGCACGUUGCUGGAACCUAGGCAACAGGAAUGUUUGCCGUCACGUACAAAUCAAUGCACGUGCAACUUCUCCACACCGGUGGCAUUGCCAGGGUCUGCAGAUCCUCAUUUGCAGAAUUCGAAGACUGAGCAGAAAGAUGAAGGUCACGGCCAUGGGUCACGUCAAUGUUUGCCCUUGGACUUUCCUGCCUUACUUCCUACCCCAAAUCUGUGUACCAAUUAUGGUCUCAGUAGAAUGGUUAUGCCCAAUGCAAAAUAUUCAGGGCCAUGUCAAAAGGGGUUUCUUAUUUUCGAUCAGUCUGAGAAUCAAACAAGGCUCUUUUAUAACUACGGUUGCCCUCCUAUCCAUAAUCCAAGUCUUGGCACUGCAAGACUCACGUCUAACUAUGACGAUUUGGACAAGUUGGGACAUGCUGCCCAAAUGGAUAGAAAUGAUCCUGCUAAGAACAUCUUACAUGAAGCUUCUGGCGAAAACGAAGAGAGUGAGAUGCAUGAAGACACAGAAGAAAUCAAUGCUUUACUCUACUCUGAUGACUAUGAGGAGGAUGAGAGUGACACAGGUGAAUGUGGUGAGGAUGAUGAUGAAGUGACUAGUCCUGAUCACUCUCCUAUGCAACUUAAAAAGGAUUAUGUGAAGCGAGGACCAAUUGAGGAAGAUGUUGCUAGUUCUGAUGGUUCAAGGAAAAGGCAGAAAGUCCUUGAUGGUGGUUAUAAUAAAUCAUCUCCAUCGUACACUGCCAGUUCAAUAAACUUGGAUGGAUCUCAUGGAUAUGACAAUGAUGCAAAAUCAAGCUAUGCUGAUGGCCAGACUGGAGUAGAGGGAUCCGAGUGUACUUUGGGAAACAUGAGGUCCAAAAAGGAUAAGGUUCGUGAAGUGUUGAGAGUUCUUGAGAGCAUAAUUCCUGGAGUAAAAGGCAAGGACCCAUUGUUGGUCAUUGAUGAAGCUAUAGACUACUUGAGGAUAGCCAAGCUUAAAGCCGAAACUCUAGGAGUGAGAUUCUAAUAAGUUAUGUGUGUUGGUUCCCUCCUUCCAUUUUAGUAAUACUUGAUAAUAUUAAAGAGUAGAAGAAAGCAAAGGUGAAUUGAAAAAGGUGGGUAGCCCAAGAAUUCUUUGCUUGAAUGAUUGAUGAAUUUGAAACGACUUGGAGUAGCUUUGUUCCCCUGGUGGGGUCCUCCCUAUCUUUUCCUUUCUCUAUUUAUCUCUACAGAGCUGUAUAUAAUGGGCCAAUAAAGGAGGCAAGUAUUGGGAUUAUAUUGCACGCUGAGGGUGAUACAAAAAAUGGGGUUUUGCUUGUUGACCAGAAAUGAUUAUCUUUUAGCUUUUGGGCGUAUUAAAGAUAAACAAAAAGUCACACAAAGGUUUAAACGCAUGGGAAUGGUAGUGGUGGGCUGCUGUGCUGUAAAAUAAGGCUUCCCUUUUUUCUCUUAAUUGUUGAGAACCCCUAUGGAUGAAGUGCAUGCGCGUUAGGUAACUCUGGUCCCACCUUCACUUCUUUCCCUUUCCUUUUUUUCCCUCUUUGAAUUUAUGUUCUUGUCCUUUCUCUCUCUUUGCCCCUCCACGCCUGUAAUGUUGGUAGAGAAAAAAAAAAAAGAUCUUUAAAAGUAUUCAGAAAGUUUCUGGUGCGUGGGAUUGAAAGGAGGGUCCUAGGACGGUGAGAGCUUAAGUGUUUGAUGAUGAAUCUUGUGGGGUCCUCUUCUCUUUGAUUAAAAUAAUGAUAACAAUGUAAUAAAGUCUAGUUUGUUUGUACUUUUACACGUGUGGGAGGGAAGGGUUAAAAAGGUCUUUUGCAGGUGUACAGUAACUUAUAGUGUGGUUUGCUUCACUGGAAGACUGUUGAGCUUGUGACCAGUGAGUGAAGAAGACUUUUGUAUUUGUUUUUGUGCUGAAAUGCUAUUAUAGAUGUGUCAGUUUUCUAUGUGUGCAAAUAAUUGGGGUUGUGAAAAUGGGUUGCUGUUGUGGUUCUUGGGUGUUGAGUAGAGUAAUGUGAAUGUGAUAUUUGUUUGGCUCUUCUGUUGUUUUGAUCUUUGUUUCGAUUGUAUCCAUUGUAUGUUUGUAUGUGUUUAUUUCAUGGGAUGAAAACUUUUCAUGCUUGA